GGAGCUACGGCAAGAGAGAGGGAAGGGGAAGUCGGAAGGGGCGCGAGUGAAGCCAGGGGGCGAAAACAGCCCCUGAAACGGCGAGGGGGUUGCGUGGGGCCACUUUUUUCUCCAGCUCUCCGCUCGGCCCGACUGUCUUCCUUUGGGGCCGUGUGACAUUCAGGCCUGGUCUUUCUCGCGCCCUGCAGUAGCGCGCGCGCGCGUCGCCGGCCACCCCUCCCUCUCGUCCCGUCCGUCCCGUCGCGUCCCGUCGCGUCCCGUCCCCUCGGGUGUCGCUGGCCGGGUGCCUAUGUGAGUCAACGGCAACGGGGACAUUUUCUCACGUUGCGACCCCAGUCCCUGCUGCCCAUCCCCCCCGCCCCGGGGCCGGCCGCGACUCCGGCCCCAGGAUGCAGAAUGUGAUUAACACAGUGAAGGGAAAGGCGCUGGAAGUGGCUGAGUACCUGACCCCGGUCCUUAAGGAAUCAAAGUUUAAGGAAACAGGUGUUAUCACUCCAGAAGAGUUUGUGGCAGCUGGAGAUCACUUAGUCCACCACUGCCCAACAUGGCAAUGGGCUACAGGGGAAGAAUUGAAAGUAAAGGCAUACCUACCAACAGGCAAACAAUUUUUGGUCACCAAAAAUGUACCAUGCUAUAAACGGUGCAAACAAAUGGAAUAUUCAGAUGAAUUGGAAGCUAUCAUUGAAGAAGAUGAUGGUGACGGGGGAUGGGUAGAUACUUAUCAUAACACAGGUGUUGCAGGAAUAACUGAUGCAGUUAAGGACAUUACACUAGAGAGCAAGGACAGUAUAAAACUCCAAGAUUGCUCCACAUUAUGUGAGGAGGAGGAAGAGGAAGAGGAAGGAGAAGCUGCAGAUAUGGAAGAAUAUGAAGAAAGUGGACUAUUGGAAACAGAUGAGGCUACCCUUGACACAAGGAAGAUAGUAGAAUCUUGUAAAGCUAAAACUGAUGCUGGAGGUGAAGAUGCUAUUUUGCAAACCAGAACUUACGACCUUUACAUCACUUACGAUAAAUAUUACCAGACACCACGACUUUGGUUGUUUGGCUAUGAUGAGCAACGGCAGCCUUUAACAGUUGAGCACAUGUAUGAAGACAUCAGUCAGGAUCAUGUGAAGAAAACAGUGACCAUUGAAAACCAUCCUCAUCUCCCACCACCUCCUAUGUGUUCAGUUCACCCAUGCAGGCAUGCUGAGGUGAUGAAAAAAAUCAUUGAGACUGUUGCAGAAGGAGGAGGAGAGCUUGGUGUUCAUAUGUAUCUUUUAAUUUUCUUGAAAUUUGUACAAGCUGUCAUUCCAACAAUAGAAUAUGACUACACAAGACAUUUCACAAUGUAAUGAAGAGCAUAGAAUCUAUUCUAAAUAUUGGUUCUGAUUUUUGAAGACCCAUAGACGUGAUGAUUGACCAUAUUCACCAAUAUGUACAAUUCCUCUAAUAAAAGGACUUAUAUGCUUCUGCAUUAAAUAAACAAAGUUCCACUAUCAGCCUUGUUUAAUAAAAAUAAGUGUGAAG